AUGUAUAUUUUGCUUGCGCAAAAGGAAAGAUUGAACACAUGCUCGUCACCAGUUCAGCAUCCGGCAGAAUUUGUUCCAUCUCACUUUUGCGGGUCAUAUUCCGGAUUCAAAAAACAUCGUUAUCGUUGUGAGGAAGGUAAAUGGGUGAAAAAGGUUGCUACGAAGGGUAAUGCGAACGGUAACAUGAAAAGGUAUGGUGCAAAACCAAGGAGUUCGAAGGGAAAUACGGAAGAGGAAAAGAAGGAGAAAAAAGGCCAAGCUGAUCUCCAAAGAACUGCUGAACGUUUACAGAGUAUGCGAGAGAGGUUGGGUCUUAAACCCUCAAAAUAUAGCGAAAAUUUAGCUGGUGAAAAUCCUAGUGAGACGAAUUGUUUGGCAGGCUCACUUGAGGCUUCAUCAUCAAUCGUGAAGUCGAUGGACGAAGAAGUUGGUGAAGAAUUAAUGACCACUUCUACUGCAGAGGAAUCACAGAUUAUCACGACUGCAAUUGCUGAUGCUAUGGCGGAGGCAAGUGGUAAUGAGUUACGUAAAGACGACUUUAACUUGAAUCGGAGAGGCCCUAAUGCUGCAAAUGUUUCCCUUUCCUUCCCCUCUGAUUCUUUUAAAGCCAGUUUUGCUGAUUCAACUAAGGAAACUGCUGAUACAAUUUCGGCAGGUUCGCAAAAGGAGUUUAGUGCUGAGGGCUCAAAAAACUACACACCUGUUUGUCCAACGUCACCAUUUUACAGUGAUGAAGUGUAUCAUGCUUCUAAGUACAUGUUGCUUGAUGAUUCUGUCUGGGAAGAUAGCUGCACAAAUGAAAUAAAGGAAGGGUUGGAUAGCCUAGACAGCAUAUCAGAACUCAGGAUCGGGAAAGGCCGGCAGAUGGCGCUUGCUGAAUUAGAAUGCUUCAAACCUUUUUAUAACAAUAAUUUACUGAAAAAAUGUCGUCUGUCUUUGCAGAGGCCUAAGAAGAAACCUUUACAUGAAUAUUAUAUUGAUGACGAUGCAGAGCUGGAAGGUACGUGUCUUUACAUUCCUUAG